ACCACCGGUCGCUCUGUAGUUAGCUGGUUUAACAACUGUAGUUAAAAUGCUGCGCAUGAACAAAUGUGUGUGUUUUUUAACAGACGGAACUCUGCGUCUCUUUAGUUCCUGUCGGACACGCGUGGUGGGACACCAUCAGUUGUUCAGAGCGGACAAUUAGCUCUGCUAUCUUAGCUAGUAGGUUACCAAGGCAACGUUAGCUAACAGGUGGCUAGCAGUUAGCUCCCCUCAGAGGCUGUCGCUGUAGAAAUUAAUGUUUACUGACAACAGGUUGUUUCUUUACGGUUGUCUCACACCCCGAAUCAAAGUAUACGGUUAUAAUAUUUAAAUCAUUUAACAUAUGGUUGUGUAGCUUUCUUAGUUACUGAGCAAAUAACCUCAACAUCGGUGAAAUGAUAGAUUUAUUAACGGAGUUCGUGUUUUGCUUCAGUCCCUCUGAUUUUCAGCUUUUUCUAGUAAACCGGAAGCAACAAGAAAAACCCUGACUGGUGUUUUUUACCUCAGAAACAAUCAUUCUGCUAAAAGUUCCUCCUGAUGGUCAGAACAAAUCCUGAAGGACUGAACACAGUUUAAAUUAGGAAGUAUUUGAUUCAACAAGACCACAGAUCAGACACUCAGUGUUGACACAGUUCAGUCAGGACUGGAUAAAAACUCACACCUAUAGUCCAGGUUCAACACUCAGACCUGUAGUCCAGGUUCAACGCUCAGACCUGUAGUCCAGGUUCAACACUCAGACCUGUAGUCCAGGUUCAACACUCAGACCUGUAGUCCAGGUCCAACGCUCAGACCUGUAGUCCAGGUCCAACGCUCAGACCUGUAGUCCAGGUUCAACGCUCAGACCUGUAGUCCAGGUCCAACGCUCAGACCUGUAGUCCAGGUCCAACGCUCAGACCUGUAGUCCAGGUUCAACGCUCAGACCUGUAGUCCAGGUCCAACGCUCAGACCUGUAGUCCAGGUUCAACGCUCAGACCUGUAGUCCAGGUUGAUGCAGUGACCGUGAGAACAUGGAGCAGUACAGUAUUCUGGGUCGGAUCGGAGAAGGAGCUCACGGCAUCGUCUUCAAGGCCAAACACAUCGAGACAGGAGAGACGGUGGCUCUGAAGAAAGUGGCUCUGAGGCGUCUGGAGGACGGCAUCCCCAACCAGGCUCUGAGGGAGAUCAAGGCCCUGCAGGAGAUCGAGGACAACCAACAUGUGGUGAAGCUGAAGGAUGUCUUCCCUCACGGGACGGGCUUCGUCCUGGUCUUUGACUUCAUGCUCUCCGACCUCUCUGAGGUCAUCAGGAACUCUCAGCGACCUUUGACCCCGGCUCAGGUCAAAGGUUACAUGAUGAUGCUGCUAAAGGGCGUGGCCUUCCUGCAUCACAACAACAUCAUGCACCGGGACCUGAAGCCAGCGAACCUCCUCAUCAGCUCUUCAGGUCACCUUAAGAUCGCAGACUUUGGUUUGGCCAGACUGUUCAGUGAGCAGGGAGAGAGACUAUACAGCCACCAGGUGGCCACCAGGUGGUACAGAGCUCCUGAGCUGCUGUACGGGGCCAGAAAGUAUGACGAGGGAGUCGACCUGUGGGCGGUGGGCUGUAUUUUCGGGGAGCUGUUGAACUCGUCUCCUCUGUUUCCUGGAGAAAACGACAUUGAACAGCUCUGCUGCGUCCUCAGAGUGCUGGGAACUCCAACACAGGACAGCUGGCCUGAGAUCGUUGAGCUGCCAGAUUACAAUAAAAUCACCUUUAAGGAGAAUCCAGCCAUCCCAUUGGAGGAGAUCGUCCCUGACACGUCUCCUCAGGCCGUCGACCUGCUCUACAAGUUCCUGGUUUAUCCGUCCAAACAGCGGUGCUCCGCCAGGCAGGCUCUCCUCCAUCCGUACUUCUUCUCCUCUCCUCUUCCUGCUCACCACUCAGAGCUGCCCAUUCCUCAGAGGGGGGGCCGACCCCCCCGUCAGCGGCUGCAGGCUCCGCCCACUGACUUCUCAGUGGACCUGCCCCUGCAGAACAGCGUGGUAGACCCUGCGCUGCUGCAGAGACACGCCUCCUGCCUCUGAACAGACGACUGACCGACCAAUCAGCUUCCUACGUCAGUGUUGAUGUUUACAAACGUUUUUAUAUUUAUUUUUAUUUAUUUUUUUGUUUUGUCUUGUUGACGUGUUUUUCUUCAGUCUCACCUGCUGACGCUCUCCGACAGGAAGAGAACCUUCACGUUUCCUCUUUACUCAGAUCUACAUCAACAUAUUACUGCAGUGAAACAACACAAUAUGAAUAAUAAAAUCACGUUUAUUAAAUACGGCGUGUUCGAGGCUUCUGUUGACUUUACUGAAGAGAUGAUUAUUAUGGGAUUUGAGUCUGAGGAGUUUCAGAUACACAGAUCACAUUAAACAACAAUUAAUCAGAAGUGCUGAACAAGUGAGUUUUCACGCUUUACCUCCGAACCACAGUCACCUCCUGUCUGAUGUUAGUGCAGAGCUGUCAGAGCGUUACAUCUGUCCCAUGGACGAUACUUUUGACCAAUACACACUUACAGUACGGCAUCUAGGAGAUCAGCUCUGCACUCAGGAUUUCUGGUAUGUAGGUUAUG